AUGCCUGAGAAUUACUCUUCAAGGCAACACGCAAGUGCCAAGAAUGCUGGCGACCGCGAUGAAGCAUCGAGCAUUCAGACUCCCGUGUUUACAAGAGGAUAUUCGCUGGAGUUAACAUCUAGCCCUGCUGCACACGUUGUAUCGAACAAUAUAGAGAAAUUAAAGGAUAUUGAAGACCAGACCACCUCUUCCCCUAAGUCAGAUAAAGAAAAUGCGGAUUUCAAUGAGAACACAAGAGAUAUGGAGGAUGACAACGGUCUGUACGCGAAGGACGAGUACCUUGAUCCGCCCCCGGAUGGAGGUUAUGGUUGGGUUUCCUGCGCAUGUGUAUCACUCUUGAAUUUUGCAACAUGGGGACCAAAUACCUCCUGGGGUGUGUUCUUGUCGUAUUUUCUAUCAUCGAACUACUUUCCAGGAGCUACACCGACUGAUUUUGCAAUAAUAGGUGGUCUAGUGAUCGGUCUCACUUUGUUCCUUCUACCGGUCGUGGCCGCAGCCAUGAGUCUCUUUGGGUACAAACCUACACUCGCAUUUGCCAUUGCUUUGGAAGCUGUAGCUUUCGUGGCUAGUUCCUUUGUAAAAAGUGUUGGAAUGUUGUAUUUCACUUAUGGAGUGCUUCUGGGUAUCUCUUUUGGAGUCAUUUUUGGUUCAAACACAAUAGUAAUUCCCGGGUGGUUUCUCAAAAAGAGAGCACUUGCAAACGGCUUUGGACAUAUGGGGGUCGGGUUUGGUGGUCUUGUUUACUCGUUUGCUGUUCGUGCGAUGAUUGACCGAACAGGCGAUCACAAAUGGGCGAUGCGAAUGCUUGCAGCGUCAACCUUCUUUCUCAAUAUAAUUUCGCUUUACUUCAUUCGCGUCCGAAAACCUAGAAUUCCUCAGCCAAAGAAGUCUGUCAAAGAAAUUAUGCAACAAACAUUUGACAAGUCUGUGCUCAAAAUAGUACCUCUUCAUUUAUGCAUGCUGUGGGCUUCGUUUGCCUCUAUUGGUUACGUUAUAUUAUUGUUUUCGAUGUCAAACUUUGCAACUUCCAUGGGUAUGACUUCGCAGCAAGCUACAAUUGCUCUCGCCGUUUUUAAUGGUUCGCAAGCCAUAGGUAGACCAUUCAUGGGCUGGAUAUCAGAAAUUGUUGGCAGAUGCAAUGCUACUAUCCUAAUUAUGGUGUAUGACUUGAUACUCAUACUACCUUUUUGGCUAAAUAUCACAAAAUUUAGCGAAUUGGUGCCAUUUUGCUUCUUGCUUGGAUUUGGUGUGGGUGUUGGGUCUGUGAACAUUGUUCCUCUGGUUUCAGAUGUCGUAGGGAUACAAAAGUUUGCAGCAGGUAUCGGAUACGGAUUAUUCGGUAAUGGCGUUGUCAGUAUAUUUGCCGAAGUUAUCGGCCUGCAUCUAAGAACACCAUCAUCCUCGCGACCCUAUCUGCAUUGCCAAAUAUUUGUCGCAUGCAUGUUCUUUGGUGGACUUUUAUGUCUCAUGCCAUACCGCGAGUUAAAAUUGAGAAGAGUUCUUGCCGCAAAAGUUAGAAACUCAAGCAGCACCGAACAGCAGAAAGCCUACUAUCAGGAACUUCAGCAGAAAACUCCAUACAACUACAUCAAAAGGAUGUUUUUCAUUGUUAAGGCUUGA